AUGCCCUACGUCCAGACCCUCCAGUGCAAGAUCGACAGCAUGGAGAGCGCCAUCAAGGAGUCCAUCAACUCCACCGUCUCCUCGGCGGGAUGCGACGCCACGGGCCCCAUCACCGCCGCCUUGCAGGCCGUCCAGGCUGGGAUCAAUGGCUUGUCGGGCAAGAUCGAGAAAGACAUCAACCUCGCAGUCGGCCAGCGUAUCGACGCCACGCGCAAGGAACUCCAGCAGCAGCUCGACAUCUUCAACUCUCGGGUCGGCGAGCUGGAGUCCAGACACGACAAGACUGACGCCUCCAUCGCAGCUAUGGCCGUCCAGAUCAGAGAGCUCCAGCAGGCGCUGGAGGUCGCGAGGAAGCAGCCAAUGCAUAACCAGUUCAUCAGCCGCGACUUCGACAGAGAGACCGACACCACGGUCAUCAAAGUUCACGCCGACGGCCUCGUCACGCUCGAGAAAGCUACGGAGGCCCUCACCACAUGGAUCACAUAUUGCAGCGUAAAAGAGUCAGACUUCAAAGUCCAAGGUAACCCCACCUCACGGUUCUUCACGGUCCAGUUCUCGGGCCCCCCUGGUGGGCCCGCCUCUAGGAGAGCCCAGAAAGUCCUCGACAGCCUGCGCGACCGCAACGGCAACUGGACCCGCAUCCAUGCCCCAGCUGUCGCAGGUCAAGGGCAGGUCGAGCUGCGCGUUGGCCCCGACAAGUCGCCCAAGCAGAUCAAGAUCGAGAUCGCAGGCAAGCGCAUCAGGCAGGCCCUCGAGCGCGACUUCCCGAACCACAGCUGGCGGGUCGACCGCAUCAAGGGAUGGGUCCUCGCUGGCUGGGCCCCCGUCAUCUCCUUCUCCGUCCGGCCUGGUCGCGAUGAACCUCCCGUGCUCUCCUGCCAGGACGCCGGCCCCCCCGCCCUCGGCAUCGACCGCGCGCAGCUCAUGACCUCCGCCUGUGCUGCUAUGAUCCUGGGCAUUCAAGAGGUGCGCCAGGACCACGCGCAGCUCCGCGCCUUCGUGAGGAAGAUGAGCAGCACGCUGGACAUGCACUCCUCCUUCGCUCCUGGCCACCGCGGCAUGAUCAGUGGGGGGGUCGCCACCGUCUUCCCUGCGGGCCUCCGCGCCGAGAGUGAAGCUCUCCUCCCUGGACGGGUCCUUCGCACCUCCUUCCGCAUCAACAACCCGCAGCGGAUCUUCUACAUCAUCCACAACUACGAGAUCAGCAACGCCGCCAUCAAACGCACUCCACACGCAUCCUCAGUGAUCCUCUUCGUCAUGGGGGACUUCAACUUCGCUGCCGUCGGGAAGCUCAAGCUCACGGAACCUGAAUCCAGAGCCAACGCCGAGGCCACUGAAUCGUCCAAGGCCUCGGCGCGCAAAUGGCACGGCGCGCUGCAGCACCUGGUCGAGAGUGAGGGAACAGACACCACCCACUACUGCGCUGAGACGAAGUCCGGAUCGACGAUCGACCGUUGCUUUUGCUCCAUCACGCCUACGCAGAUGCUGCAGCUGUCAAAGAUCGGCGACAGCGUCUUCGAGGCGACUGGCGUGGGCCACCUGUCACCACCGUCCAAGCUCACCCUGACCACAGAGCUGCUGCGCGAGAUCGCGAGGGAAGCCAGGGACUGCAUGCUCGAGACCUCCACGAACCGCGGCGAUGUUCAGCUCCAGAUCGCCAAGUCUAUCGCCCGAGCCGUGUGGCGCCAAGACCGCAGGCUCGCCGCCCGUUUAUUCCGUGUUCACCAGACUGCCCAGGAUCACCUGGCACUCAUCGGCGAACAGGUCAAGCUAGUUUACCCUGUCAAGUUCGAGGAGUGGGCCAGCAACCUCUUCCGCCAGGACGCUGACCAGAGGCAAGCAGCCAUCAGCCACGCCACUCUGCGCGGGCGUCUGCGCCCCGCGCAGGCCCGCGCGCAAUCGCACGCUCUGCAGAGGAAGAUCAAAUUCUGGAAUCCGAUCAGCAAGAGGCUCGUCCUGGCAGGCGUCAAGACCAGCGUCGGCACCGUGAUGGGGCCGAAAGACAGAUUACAGAAGUUGGCGGAGCACUGGCAGCCAGUCUUCGAGGGCAGACAGAUCGACCUGAACAAAGCCGCCGACUACCUCUCCCAGUUAUCGCCCAAGAUCGACGUCAACAACUUCAGCCCGCCCGACUACAAGACGCUCAAAAAGUUCACCUCCCGCUCAUCCUCUACCGCACCUGGGAUGGAUGGGCUUCCGUGCAUCGCCUGGGCCGCCCACGAGAAGUGCGCUGAGGCCCUCUGGGGCGUCAUGUGCUACAUGCUCAACGGCGGCAUCCUCCCCGACGAACGCAAUGCCGCGGCCCAGGCCUUCCCCCCCAAGGGUGACGAGCCCGUGGACUCGGAACGCAGCGGUUGGCACCGUGACCCCUCGAAAGUCCGUGUUCUGGGCCUCCGCAACACUUCCAUGAAACCCAUCAGCAGCACCAUGGGCGCUGCGACAGCCACGGUAGCGGCCGAGGUGGUCCCAGCCUCACAGCGCGGGUUUAUCCACCGCCGCAUCUUCGGCUACAACGUCCUAGAGCUUGACGUCGAGAGCCGCAUCGCGUCCGCCGACCCCAGCGCGAUGGACGUGCUGCCCGUGCUCGCGUCGCUGGACAUCGCCCAGGCGUUCCCCGGCGUCGCGCGCCAAUUCGUCCACCUCGCGCCCAAGGCCAUGGGCGCACCUGAAGCGACCCUCAACUUCUUCGACUCCAUGUGCCACAACAUGCUGGCCAUGGCGGCCUGCGCAGGGCGCGGCCUCUGCCGUGCUUGUGCUGACGACCUGGGGCUCGUGCUCAAGGCGGUCGCCCACCUCGCCCACCUGGCCGAUGUCAUGAUCCUAAUGGAUGUGCUCGCGGGCCUCGAGUUGAAGGCCCCGAAGUGCCGCGUCAUCCCCCUCGCGGGUGAGGUCAACGCCGAACUCAUCCUCAAGCUCCGCAGCGCGUUGAUCGCCAUCGUCCCGCGCUUCGAGGACUUCAAUAUCUGCGACCACCUCACCUGCCUCGGACUCCCACUCGGACCUGGGGCGACGGAGAAGCUGAUCUUCGAGAAAUUUGCGCUGCUGCCGCACGAGCACUUCAAGAACGAGAACUGGAUCAACGCCUCGGUCUUGCGGUUCCCGAACGGUGCCUUCAGGAUCAAAGACUGGCCCCACCUCAAAGCGCGGGGCGUCCACGCCCCGCGUUCGCUCCAGCUCGCGACGGUGGCCGCCAUCGUCCGCUCCGCGACCGCGACGUUCAGCAAGUCCCCCGAGACCCGAGAGCGGCUCCACGUAGGCCUCGACGCGCACGGCAUCCAGCAGACGUUGAUGGGCGCCGCCCGUGGUGCGCUCCACCGCUCGCCCCCAUGGUGGCAGAUGCCGCCGUUCGUGGAGCUGCUGCACCAGGUGGCCGCGACCUCGACUGAGCACGCCUACUACCCGUCGGACCUGCUGCGACCCGCUGUUGCUGGCGCGCUGGAAGCCAUCAGUGACGGUCGCCCUGGUCUCGCCCAACGAAAAGCGUAUGCUGCUGCGCUUUCGGCUCGGGGUCCUGGCUCCAUAGGCCCCUUCCCUGUCUCGAGGAUCGCGGCCGAACUCCCGCAUUAUGCCGAGUUCUUCAACUUCAACCAGACGUGUUCUCCAUGGUGCGGGCCACCAUGA